CCCCUUUAUCAAUUGUUUACUCUCUUUCUGUCUUUGCAUCGCCAUUUCUUGCUUGCACACUUGCUGACUUUCUCUUACUUACUUUUUUAUACUAGUUUCUCUCUCUAUUUCUCUCUGCUUCUUUAUAUGUUCCCUCACUUCAUUCACUCACUUUCACAGUUGUUGUUCUCUCUCUGCUUUUGUUUCUUUAUUUCUCACAUGCUCACUCAACCACUCUAACUGUCUCUCACCCACUUCAGCAGUUGUUCUCUCUCUCUCUCUCUCUCUCUCUCUCUCUCGGAGGCGGAGGGCUGAGCGCAUUCCUGUCUCUGCUCUAAACUCCAGCUGUCUUGAUUUGUGCUCAGUUUGGUCCUCGCUUCGUCUUUAGGACCCGGAGGGAGGAACAACCCCUCCACACGGAGCGUCCAGUCCCGCUCAGUCGGGACAGCAGAGAGGAGCGGACCGGUCAGAGGCGCACCUCUAUCCCAGCGCGGGACAGGGGCACGCGGCACAACUCGGCGUAUGGGACUGGAACUGGAUUAUAUGGGGCGAGAGAAGCUACUACUACUAGGCGCGUGCUACUGAAAUGUUGCGCUGCGCGAGGACUGUCGCUCUUCAGAUAGACUACUGACAGCGGGUUUGGGGUCUGCAUGUGAUCGGUGACAGGGGGCUCGUGCUGGGGGGCAGCUGUAGAGGCUCGUGCUGGUGGUGGGGGGUCAACUGUUGCUCACGCUGCUAACAGGCUCGAGCGGACCGUGAACUUGGCACACGCGAACCGGCACCGUCCACACGUGUCCGGUUGAAAUGUGGCACGCGGCCGUGGAGCGUCGGUCGGUGCGCGCGCCAUGGCCCGAGAGGACUCGGUGAAGUGCCUGCGCUGCCUGCUCUACGCUCUCAACCUGCUGUUCUGGGUCAUGGCUCUGUGUGUGCUGGGAGUGGCUGCUUGGCUUAGGGAUUACCUGAACAAUGUGCUCACCUUAACCGCCGACACCAGGCUGGAAGAGGCAGCGAUCCUCACAUACUCCCCCGUUGUCCACCCUGUUGUCAUCGCAGUGUGCUGUUUUCUAAUCAUCGUGGCCAUGGUGGGCUACUGCGGCACGCUGAAAUGCAAUCUGCUCCUCCUGUCAUGGUACUUUGGCAGUCUGCUGGUGAUCUUCUGUGUGGAGCUGGCCAGUGGAGUGUGGACGUACGAGGAGCCGUCAGUUCAGAGGUCAGAUAUGAUCAGUUUGAAGUCACGCAUGCCAAACUAUGGCCUACAGCGCUACCAGUGGCUAACCCACGCCUGGAACUCUUUUCAGACUGAGUUUAAAUGCUGCGGGGUGAUCUACUUCACUGAUUGGCUGGAGAUGACCGAGAUGGAGUGGCCCCCGGACUCCUGCUGCUCUGAUCAGUAUCCAGGCUGCGCUCGCCACGCUCACCACCGCGACCUGAGUGACCUCUACCAAGAGGGCUGUGGUCCUAAAAUCUACAGUUUUAUCCGGGGCACGAAGCAGCUGCAGGUGCUCCGCUUUCUGGGCGUGUCUAUAGGCGUGGCCCAGAUCCUGGCCAUGACCCUAACCCUCACUCUUCUCUGGGCGCUCUACUACGACCAUAAGCCUCCGGACCCCGCCCCGCCGGACCCCCUCACCCUCACCCACACCCACUCACACUGCCCUCCAGAGGAGCCCCAGAAGCCGGGCCACGUGCACACGCACCCACGCCCGUCUGAGGCCUGGGGCAGCGCCCCCCUGAAUGGACACGCCCAGUUCGAGAUGGAGCAGCUCUCCUAGCAGCCACCUGAGGUCUAUACGAGAUGAUCUCUCAGCGUCUGGACAAACAGUAAUGAACGCGGCGGUAUCAUAGCAACCCUGCACAGCCAGUCGGUUGCCAGGACACCCGCUGCGAGCUGACAGCUGCUGCUUUCUUCAGGGUACUGUAACACUGUGGAAAAGUUACAAAACCUUCUCUUUUUUUUGCAAAACUAUCAGCUCGCUGGAUACUGUUGCAAUGAGGCAAGGAAGUAUACAGCACAUUUUGUUUUGCAACAUGCUUUGGAGGGCUUUGGAGCGUUCAUACUCUUCGUGCUGUUGGAUAGAAACACAGAAAUGGAACGUAUCUGUGUGUCUGAGGAGCCACUGGACUCAUCGUUGAUUGGUAAACUCUGAAAGAUAAAAAGAAAAUAAAUAAAUAAACUGAAAGGAGAAGAUGAGUUCGGUCAUCAGUACAGCUACCAAGAGCCUACUGGAUGUGCUCCAUACAGAACGCCACUUUUUCGCAUAUAAGCCACAGACACACAUGCCAUUGGACUUCUCUAGGAUAUUCUGGAGGAUGCUAUGUGGCGUUUUUCUAAGGCUAUACUAAAUAAAAUUACACACACAAACUCACAAACACACACACACACACACACACACGCACACACACUUAUACUUAAACCUUAGUCUUAAAAAAGAGUAUAAAAAAAAAAGAGAUUUUGUCUAUAGAAAGCUAUAACAAGUUCCAGCUGCUCUGAGCUUCACUUCUGGACUGUAUGUCUACAUGUCUU